UGUUACUAGUGAAGCUUUGGGAUUAUUUUUCAUUUUAAAUAUGGGUAUAACGUGUACAUACCCACAAACCGCAAACAGCACAGCGUCAAUAGUACAACCAUGUGGAAGUGAGGAGUUGGAAAUUCUCACUCCCAGACCUGCAGUGCAGAAAGAUGUCAUUUUUAUUUGGAAUUUAGACAUUUUCAAAACUCUAAUGACAGAGUCUUACCAAGGAGAUAAGGAAAAGGAAGUUUUGUUGGAAGAAAUUGAUGACUUGGUAUUAGAUUUAGCAGAAGCACAUUUUAACUACAAAGAUUUGCAGCAUUAUGAAAUAAAGAAUGUUUAUGACAAUCCUCUGAUAGAUACUGGACAGACUGAGAGACAAUCUAAUUUUUCAGAUGACCCAGAAAAAUCUAGUCACCAGACUAAUGAAACCAUGUCAGCGUCAGAAAAACAAAGAUUCUACAAACUAGCUUCUUUAUGUAGAAAAGUAAAGAAAUCUUAUUGUGAGAAAUGCAGGCAGAAUAUUGAUGAUUUGAUCAACGAAGAGAAACAUCAACAGUGGUCUUAUGUCAAACAAAAUAUGGAAGCAUUAAGAGAUAAAUGGCUUUCAGAAGCAAUUACAUCUCUACAAAUUAUCAACUCUAGGUCAUCAUGUGUGAAUAUUCUAUAUACAACUAGUCAUCUAAUACCAGCGUUAGCACAUGUGUUAUUGUUCCAGAUGGGAAACAUCUUCAAGAUAGAAAAUAUUUAUAGUACAGCCAAUAUUGGAAAAGAAGAAUGCUUCAAAAUGAUCUCAGAGCAAUUUGGAAACGACUGCAAUGUUUUUGUUUUUGGAGUUGGGAAAGAAGAUGAAAAAAUUGCAGAAAAGCUUAAGAUGGCAUUUUGGAAGGUAGCAGACCAGUCAGAUGUGGAUUCAUUACACCAUGCACUGAAAAUGAACUAUCUUUAGUAACAUUUUUACAUGUAUCAGAAUUUGACAAAUUUACUAUCAAGUGACUGUCAUGACCCCAUAUUUCAUAAAUAGUACUUGCCAACAAUUUUGCAGACAAAACUAGAGCUGUCAGCAUAGCUGGGCCUAUACUUCCUGCACAUGCAUUUUAGCUGUUGCACGGCAGCAGUCUGAGGUUUGCAUACUGUUAAUUCAGAAAUUAAUGCUUGAAUUUAUUAUAUCAAAUCCCUGACGACUAUCAAAAAUGUGAGUUUUGAUUAAUGCAAUUCCAGUCCAUGUUCUAUAAAGAAAAAAGAAACCUUCCAAAUGUUAAAAAAUGCAAUCCCUUUUGACCCUAUAUUUCUAGGAAACGAUAAAAGCUAAGCCUAUUAAAUUUACAUAUUACUAAAAGUUAUCGCAAAUAGAAAUCCACUGAAAAAAAUAAGAUUAAAAAUCCAUAUGUACUGAAAAAACUUUUUUCUGACCUUUUGAACACUCUUUUUACAAAGUGGCUGCCAAAAGCUAAAAUCAAUUGCCAAAUUUUCGAUUUUGUACUUAUUUUGACAAACCUCUUCAAAUAUAUUUGUUUUGAUAAGACUUAUAAUAAAGAAGUUCUAAUUUAGUGUGUUGGAUCCUUUUGACUCCUUAUAUAUCGGAAACAGUAAAACCUACAUCAAAUCCGUUGUUACUGUAUCCACAUACCAAGAUUGGUCAUCCUAAGUUCUAUAGUACCAUAGUACUGUAAAUUCAGAAAUUAUGUUUUUAUUAUUGCGAAAAAUGCGACAGGGUUAUAAUCGCAAUAAUUUAAACUCGCAUUUUGAAAUUUUUUAUAUGAAUUAAACAAGAUUUUUCUUAAUAUCGCAAAAAUUAGAAUCACAUUUUAGUCUAAAAUGACAAAAUCGCAAUAAUAAAUGCACGCAAUAAUUUCUGAAUUUACAGUAAUGUACUGGACACCAAGCAGACAAAUUUCACUAUCACAGGGGUCAAAGAUCAAAUUAAUGCCCCUCCUUUAAUAGAAGUGUUUUUUUUGGGGGGGGAUUUUUCUAUGUUGUGUUUUGUAAACUGUUGUUUGUCUUUUGAUCGUUUUUUGUUU